AGAUCACACCAAUUCCUGCACCUUCACACCUCAGAUCACCCAAAUUCCUACACCUUCACACUUCAGAUCACCCCAAUCCCUGCACCUUUACAUCUCGGAUCACCCAAAUUCCUGCGCCUUCACACCUCAGAUCAGUCCCAAUUUCUGCACCUUCACACCUCAGGUCAGUCCCAAUAUUUGCACCUUUACACCUCAGGUUACCCCUAUUUGCGCACCUCCCAACCUCAGUUCAUCCCAAUUCCUGAAUUUUUACAACCCAGAUCAGCCACAAUUUCAGUUCCUUCAGGUCUCACAUUAGUCCCGAUU